CAAGUUGGACUUUUUAUUAAAAAAAAUAAGUUCAAGCCUCAUCAAAUAUGGAAUGGAGACGAAACAAUCACGCCAACUGUUGUGCAGCCUCCCAAAGUGAUCGCAUGUAAAGGAAGUAAACAGGUUCAACAAACUGUGUCUGCUGAAAGGGGGACAAACGUUACAAUGCUGGCUUUUAUCAGUGCUUCCGGUACUACCGUACCAUCAGUUUUCGUGUUCCCUAGAAGAAAAGUAUUGCCCCCUAUGUAUGAAAGUGGACCACUAGGAUGCAUUGGACUCGCACACGAUUCUGGGUGGAUGACUGGUCCAAAUUUUUUCAAAGCUCUUCAGCAUUUCCAUGGCUACGUAAAAUCAUCCACAACAAACCCAGUGUUGCUUUUGUUAGACGACCAUUCAAGUCACUUAGAUUACCAGGCAGUAUCUUUUGCAAAAGAAAAUAGUAUCGUCAUACUAACUUUCCCGCCCCACUGUUCCCACGUAUUACAGCCGUGUGACAUAAGUGUAUUUGGGCCAUUUAAAAAAGCUUUUGGAAAAAAUCAGAACGACUGGCUUCAUACCCAUCCUGGAGAAAGGAUAGCAAUUACAAAUAUUGCACAACUUUCAAAUGGGCCGUUUCAAUCAACUUUCACCCAAAUAAAUAUUAUUUCUGGAUUUAAAGCAAGUGGAAUUUUUCCCUUUAAUCGAUUCGCGAUCCCUGAGUGGAGAUAUUUGCCAUCCUUUGUUACGGAGAGGCCAGCUCCAGAAGCAGAUACGUCCUCGUCACUUAAUGAUUCUACAAAUGAUUCAUCACAAAUUCCACAGGAAAAUGUUAUACCGCUCAAUCAAUUGUGCCGAAUGACACCAUCUGCUCCACAUGGAACUUCAUCUAUUCAUAACAAUGGUUUUGAGGUUGGUGGUUCUUUACCAGGGUCCUCUACACAAACCGAUUCAUCACAUUUUACUCUGGAGAAUAUAAGAUCGCUCAAUCAACUGACGCAAACGACACCACUUACUACACAUGGAACCUCAUCUAUUCAUACCAAUUGUUUUGAGGUCGAUGGUUCUUUACCAGGGUCCUUUACAGAAACCAAUCCCACACAGCACAGAAACGAGUUUUUUCCGGCUUUUUUACGUACCUUUAAUACUACUUGGUACGGGAAGAACACGUACUGGGAAGUACGGGAGACAUGUUUUUUACGUCCUUUUUUUUGGUGAAAUGGUCGUAAAAUUAGGUUAAAAACACGUUUUUUUCUUGGUUUAAAUAAUCGGGUUUUUACGUUUUUUCGACGUGUUUUAUGCUUAAGAAAUAAUUAUUCAUCUUACAAUAAGUAAAUAAAACAUCAUUCUUAACAACAUGGAAUUGUAUUUUUUUC